CAUGCUGUUUUUGUAAUCUUGCAUUAAAUAUUGACUUUUUUUUCUGUUUCAGCAUACCCAUGAUGAACCAUACAAAAAUGGAACUGAGGUUAAUAAUAAGAUGCUGAGAUCAACGUCCUACAAUGGCUACGGAGAGGCUCUCACAAGCCAACCGCGGUCCACUAGACCGACGUCGAGCGUUCAAGGAAGCAUGGACCUGAGCUAUGUCACCGAAAGGAUCAUAUCCAUGUGGUUUCCCGAUUCUGUCAAUUCGCAUGCUUACCGACAAGGACAGAGACAGGCUGCGCAUAUGCUUGGCAAUAAACACGGUGAUAAUUAUAUGGUGUUCAAUUUAUCCGAACCAAAAAGAGCGUUAAGGAGCGAACACAAGUACGUGAAAGAAGUAGGCUGGACCCCAAAUUUGGCACCUCCGUUAGAAAGGCUCUGCAUGGUUUGCAAAGAAAUCGACUCGUGGCUGUCGAAAGAUGUACAUAGAAUAGCGGUGCUGCAUUCAAGGGGUUCCAAAGAAAAACUAGGCGUUGUGGUAGCAGCCUACAUGCACUAUUCCAGCAUUUGCGGUACCGCCGAACAAGCUCUGGACAGAUUCUCGAUGAGAAAAUUUCUGGACGACAAUGUGGGACCUUUAAAGUUGCCUUCAAACAGAAGAUACGUAGACUACUUCGCUGGCCUUCUAUCGCACAACAUCAGAAUCAACGCGGCGCCACUGUAUUUGACGCACGUCACAGUUUUGGGAGCUCCGUCUUUUCAAAAUGGCACAUGCAAAGCUUUUCUGAAGCUCUACGAAGGACACACUCCUGUUUAUACUUCAGGUGUUUAUAGUGUAUCCAGCGGCAUAUCCCAGUUCACCGUUAACGUAUCCGGCGAACGGAAACGUGGCCUUCAACUUCGUGGUGAUAUUCUAAUUAAGUGCUACCAUCGCGGUUUAGGCGACGACCGAGAAACGAUUUUCGCCUGCCAAUUCCAUACCUGUGCCGUCGCCGAUCAUACCCUCAGUUUCACCAGGCAGGAGCUGGAUUUCGCUUCGAUUGAUCCAAGAUUUCCAGUAGACGGCGCUGUCGAACUGCAUUUUUCGCCUGGGCCUGAAGCCAGGCAUCCAGCUCCAGCGCCCACUCCAGCUGUUCCUUAUACACCAAUCAAUGACGACCCCAUAAUCCGAGCUGACAGUCCAUUUAACUAUGACGAAUACGAUGAAGACGAUUCUGAUUCAGAUGACGUAAAUCACACAUUUGGACCACUAGAUGGGAGUAUUUAUGCUACAAUCGCCAAAAAACCAGAGUUAUCUCCUGGUGCUGUAUCCAGUCCACUGACUGUGUCUAUGGACAGUGGAAUUUCUUCUGCAGGACACCAGCAGAACGCCAACACCAACGCCUCUUCAGGUAGUCCGCCGCCGACUGCGCAACCUUCGCCGAUAACGCCCGAAGAUCAGCACCGCGAGCUCGACGAGCUCUUGUCCGACAUGAUGCUGACGGUCCAGAGCAUACCCGACUUUAAACCGACGUCGACCAAUAAUAGCGGUAGUAUCGCGCGCGUCGCGACGCACGACUUUACUACUCUCGACAAUGUGCGCUUCAUAGACGACGAGGAUAAACAUAAUCCGUACAAAAGGGAAUUUCUUAAUAAUAGGGAAGAAGAACGUGAAAUUCCAUAUCACGCCAGAGAAAACAGUAAGCCGUUUAGUUACGGCGUCAAUCAAGACAUGAUAAGCGAAUCGAAAGGUUUAUCGAGUCCAAGUUUGGUACGAAAAGCCAGCGUCAAUAAGAGCCAUGGAGAUACUUUAGCAAAGGUUCAGACCGGCGUUUAUCCGGCAAACAAGCCAGUACCGAAUUUCCAAAACGAGCCUACCCAAAACUACAACUCUCACUAUUCAACUUUGGGGAAGUACUCGUAUUCUCCAAUACCGCAAAGGAAAAAUAAGGAACGCGACCCUAUCGACGAUAUUUUUACGCAAAGUGCGCUAAAUGCUCAGCCUGUAAAAAGGGAGUUUAAAGAGGAGUAUUAUAGAGAUGAAAGGAAAAGGUAUGAUCCCAUGAAGAGAAGCUUCACAGAAGGCACAAUCAGAAGAAGUCCUGAAAAAGUAACGUUCAAAUCGAAUUCCGUGAUUACUAGUCCCUAUUCCGAUUCGGAAAGUUUGUCUCCGCCGGGACAGUUCAGGAAUGUCACCAAGUCACCGGAGUUUCAUGAAACAUACACCAAUGGAAAUAACCUAACAUGGCUACAAAGACAGCAACAAAAACUGAAAGAACGAAGAGAGUUGAGGUUACGUGAGGAACGCCAGCCUCAUGAGACAAGAUUGUUCUCUGAAUUGAGACAAGUUCAAAGUAGACAUAUGAGACCUACAGCCAGUCACAGAUUAGAUGGUUAUACUAGUGACACAACAGCUUUCGCAGACGACGAUGAUGAUUACACUAUUCCUCUACACAUCAACACUAUGCACAGGAAUGGCGGUACUCCAAGUUCAUCCCAGUACAGCACUUUGAAGUCCAACUAUUCGACGCUGACAAAAAACGAAAGACCUUUUAUGACUGUUAAAAGGGCGCACGAAAAAUAUGCACAGAGCAACAACCCAGCAGCAGCCCUAGCAGCCAAUCCUCUCGGCCAAAUAGUCCGGCCGCCUUCGAGAGGCACAGGCCAAGACCAGAUGGACAGCGGACUUUUAUCACUUGUCGAACAAAAGUCCCAUCAAUAUUCCGGUCAGCAGCAGCGACAGUACUCGAGUACACCGGAACCGUCCCGGUACAAUCAACAAUCGUAUGAGCAGUCUUCUUACGCUUGGAGAUCACCAUCUACUCCGAACGAUGCUGACACAUCGCCUUCACACAGUUCGUCUCCCAGACCGCAAACGCCAGCAUUUCCGGUGCUAGCGAGGACGCCUUACCUCAACGCUUCGACGCCUUCCGUGCAGUUUGACUUGUCCCACGAGCGCCUUCCGCCUAAAAGUCCUACAACCCAACGCCGGUUAAGCUUUCCAUCAGCGAUACUUACUAAAAAUGCCAAAUGGUCCCUUUCCCCUGAGAGAAAGGACCGACCGACCUCACCAUCGGACCUGAACAGUGGCGCAUCUGACAGUGAAUACAGACACACAAUUGCACAAAGAAGCGUUUCAGCUACAGGAUAUAGAGAACAAAAUGGCGCUUCAUCGCCCACAGUUUAUUAUGGACAUUCGAGACGAGGAUCUAUUGCUUCCAGUGCCAACGAUCAAUCAUUACAAGAAGUAUCUGCUGCUCAUGUAAAGAUCGUUAGAGAUACCAGCAAGUUUUGGUAUAAACCAGCAAUUUCUAGAGAAGAAGCUAUCAGUAUGUUACGUGACCAAUCGCCUGGCAGUUUUAUCGUGAGAGACUCCAACUCCUUCCCAGGCGCUUUCGGUUUAGCACUGAGAGUGGCCACAGUACCAACCAACUUACAAAACAAGCAUAACGGCUCUGAUGAGCUAAUACGUCACUUCUUAAUCGAACCAACGUCCAAAGGGGUACGUCUAAAGGGUUGCCCAGAUGAACCAGUAUUUAGCUCGUUGUCAGCAUUGAUUUAUCAGCACUCGAUCACCCAAAUUGCUUUACCUUGCAGAUUGAUUUUGCCUGAAGGAGAUUUAAGAUACGAUAGUAAAAUCCAGUCUCAAGCCAUCCAGCAACAAAUCCAGAUUCAAGGAGCUGCCUGCAACGUGCUCUAUCUUUGCACAUUGGAAAUGGAAUCGUUGACGGGCCCGCAGGCAGUGAAAAAGUCAGUAAUGCAGCUGUUCCAAAAAUCUCCGGCUCCUGAGUCGGUGGUGGUUCAUUUCAAAGUUAACGGGCAAGGAAUCACGUUGACGGACAACAAGAGGAAGUUGUUCUUCAGGAAACAUUAUCCCAUUAAUACGAUUUCGCAUUGCGGAGUCGAUCCUGAGGAGCACAGGUGGUUGGUGAAUGCCGAAGAAAAUGGAUCAGUUAAAAGUUCAAAUCGUAUUUUUGGAUUCGUCGCAAGAAAACCGAACGUCAGCAACCCAGACAACCAGUGCCAUCUGUUUGCUGAACUGGACCCGGACCAGCCAGCAACAGCAAUCGUUAAUUUUGUCAAUAAAGUGCUGACAUCUAACGGAAUCAAACCCAAUAUUGUCUAG